UGUGAAAUGCGUGUUUGUGAACUGCGUGUUUGUAGGGAAAGGGUUGUGCUUUGUCUGCUGUUCACUAAAUUCUCUUAUCUUGUUUCUCCAUAGGCUGACAGCAAGCGCCUUGGACGUGAUGUUAUUUGGACGUGAUGUUAUUUGGGUGACUGCGCUCGCUAUCUGAGCCAAGCCGUAAGCCCUCGUGAUGCCCUUGCUCCCAAGUCUCCUUCAAAUCUCCUCAUUGGCCAGUUUGUUUUCUUUGGAACGAUUCCCCAAGCGGUUAAUGCUGAAUCUUCUAAUUCUCGUUUAAUGAAAGGCUUACACUAAAGAAAGUUCUUGUGCCAACUUGCCCCCCCCCCUCACCACCCCCACAUUCCACAUGAGUCUCCGAGUGAUUUUGCAAGGUCUUGGUGCAGUGAAUGUUAAUGAUUCCUGCACUCCAUAACCAGCAAUUGCAAUGUUGACUGUGAGGUGUUCUCCAAUCCUGAUCAGACUUGAUUUACCCCUUUGAACCCUGUGUCUUCUGACUUCCCAUGAGCUGCCCGGCCACCUGGAUGUUAGCAGCCUUCGCUGGACUCAACAUCUCGGCUGCUCGUUACCACUUUUAGCCGAAGAUCUGGCAACUGGGAAAUGGCCUCUCCUGCAAUCAUCCACUUUACUCCUAUCGACUAUGUCAUCUUUGUCCUGCUCCUGGUCCUGUCCUCUGCUAUCGGACUGUUCUACGCCCUCUAUGGCGGGAAACAAAGGACCACGCAGGAAUUCCUGCUCGCCGAUCGCAGCAUGGGCUUCCUGCCGGUAGCUCUGUCGCUCCUCGCCACCUUCCAGUCAGCGGUGGCCAUCCUCGGCGUCCCGGCUGAAAUUUACAGGUUCGGCACCGAAUACUGGUUCCUCGGCUGCUCCUACUUCCUGGGACUCCUCAUCCCAGCUCACAUCUUCCUUCCUAUGUUCUACCGGCUCAGACUUACCAGCACCUAUGAGUACCUGGAACUCCGCUUCAACAAAGCCACUCGACUGUGUGGGACGCUGACCUUUAUCUUUCAGAUGGUUAUAUAUAUGGGCGUGGUGCUGUAUACUCCUGCUUUGGCACUGAACGCAGUAACCGGUUUUGACUUGUGGGGUUCAGUUCUAGCGGUGGGACUCGUGUGUACAGUCUACACGGCAUUGGGUGGGCUGAAGGCUGUUAUCUGGACUGACGUCUUUCAGACCCUGGUGAUGUUCUCGGGACAGCUGGCUGUCAUCAUCAUUGGAGCCAAACAGGCGGGCGGGAUGGGGAAGGUCUGGCAGAUCGCCAUGAAGGACGGCAAGAUCUCUGGGAUCGACCUGAAUCCCGACCCCUUCGAGCGCCACACAUUCUGGACGCUGUCCAUCGGCGGAGUCUUUUUGAUGCUGUCUCUGUAUGGUGUGAACCAGGCCCAGGUCCAACGCUAUCUCAGCUCCCGGUCUGAGCGGGAGGCUAUACUGUCCUGCUAUGUGGUGUUCCCGUGCCAGCAGAUUGUGCUGACCCUCGGGUGCCUGAUGGGCCUGGUCAUGUACGCUCGCUACGGGGACAAAGACCCGCUCCAGAAAGGUUACGUCAAAACACAUGAUCAGAUGGUGCUGUAUUUUGUCAUGGACGUUCUCCAGGACUUCCCCGGGUUACCCGGUCUCUUCGUCGCCUGUCUAUUCAGUGGAGCGCUCAGCACAAUUUCGUCUGCAUUCAAUUCCCUGGCCACGGUCACCAUGGCUGAUAUUAUUAGACCUCAAUUUCCAGACAUGACUGAAUCUCAAGCCACAUUGGUGUCCAAGAGCCUUGCUCUAGGUUAUGGGCUGCUGUGCAUCGGAAUGGCUUACAUCGCAUCGUUGAUGGGCUCAGUGCUGCAGGCAGCGCUCAGCAUAUUCGGGAUAGUUGGAGGACCUCUGCUCGGGAUCUUCUGUCUUGGAAUGUUUUUCCCGUGGCCCAAUCCCACCGGAGCCAUCGUGGGGCUGAUGUCGGGCCUGGCAAUGGCUUUCUGGAUUGGCAUCGGCAGCUUCGUGUCCCAGAGAGUCCCCGCAGAUUCCUUCAUAAAUGCCACCAGCUUUGCGAUCGACAAUGGCACUGUGGUCUCCACCAUAUCCACCGCCGUCCUGACUACCGUGGCCAACAGCACUGGUGCCUCGGGGUUGAGGAAGUUCUACUCUCUCUCGUACAUGUGGUAUAGCGGCUACAACGCUGCCAUCGUGGUGGUGGUCGGGCUCAUCGUCAGCUUGUUAACAGGCCCGACCAAAGGGAAGGAUGUCAAUCCAUCGACCAUUGUGCCCGUACUCCACUACCUGCUCUUCUUCCUGCCCCAGAGCUGCAAACAGAAGCUAAGCUGUGGCGUGCGCUAUCAGCAGGCGGUCAGUGAGGCCAAUGGCCAGGAGACUCUGGCACCCAUCAAAGAGUGCAACGGGAUGGGGGGAGUCAACAUCAGGAGAGACAACAAGAACGAUCCCGAGAUCCCCGACGAGGCUGGGCCGGAGGGGGCCGGUGAGGUUUGCUGCACGACUGGCAUCCUGCACGAGACUUCGCUCUGAGGACAGUUCUAUGGACCUGCUGAUUUUUUUUAAUUCCUCCUGUUUCGUGGGGGAGGAGGAGGGGUUGUCGGGGGAAGAGAUGAACACUGGUAACUUUUUUGCUCUUGAGUUCUGAAGGUAGGAGCUGGCAUUCAGGACAAGCUUCUGCUGCACUGUGGCCACAUUGGCUGCUUUAUCCAGGGUCUGGGUCUCAGGUACAAGUAGAGAACUGAGGCUUUGCAUCUUUGCUGGUUUGGUAGGUGGGUCAGAAUGGGCGGGUUAUGUGCGGGUGAGUGGGGUAUGUGAGUGGGUGGGCUAUGGGAUGCGUGGGUGCAGUAUUUGGGUGUUGUGGGGCGAAGUGGGCAAUAAAUGACCGACUAAUUUUG